AUGACGUCUUCCGAAUGGCCCAAGACAUUAUACAAAUGGCACAAAAGGUGCUGGAAGCCAGAGGAAAGUUGGCCCUAUGACCUCUGGAAGCCCAAGCCACUUCAGGAUUUUUUCAAGGAACACGGUUACACUUUGUGGGUAACCAUGCAUGAACUUGGCUUGGGAGACUCAGGCCACCACAACUUAACGCUUCAUCCACUGAACGACAAACCUCAUCGACCCGAUGGUUAUACCUUCAUGAGUCAUUAUCAAUGUGAGCCCAGCAUUGUUGUUUACAAACUGGACUUUGGCCAACUCAAAAACAUCCACUGUCCAGCAUGCACCAUCCACAAUCAAGACAUUCUUAUCCAUCUAAUCAGUAUUGAUGGCGACACCACAGGGGACAAGCACUAUGAAGCCCUCCAAUGCCUCUCCCAGGGACAAACUGCUUUUCGAGGCAAUAACUACUCUCUUCCUCUCUUGGAUGAGCUCAAAUUCAACGGUCUUCAAUUUGUCAUCUUCCCUCUUCUUUCUAUCAGAUAUAUACUAUGGUUCUACAACGUGGAUGAGAUACUCAAUUAUUUGAUGCAAGUAUUUAAGAGUGUCAAGUUCUGCCAUGACAAUUUGAUUGCACAUCUCGUAUGCACCAUAUUCAAUGAUCUACAUUACAUUGACAAUUUGCCUGGACCUCGAUAG